AUGAGCAGUAAGAACACCGGUGCCACCGCCGUAGGAGAGAUUGACGAGAGUCUCUAUUCUCGUCAACUUUAUGUGUUGGGUAAGGAAGCCAUGUUGAAAAUGCAAACCUCCAACGUGUUGAUUCUCGGGCUGAAGGGUUUAGGUGUUGAGAUAGCGAAGAACGUGGUCCUCGCAGGUGUCAAGUCUAUGACCGUUUACGACCCAGAACCAGUCCAGUUACAGGAUCUGUCUACACAGUUUUUUUUAACCGAAAAGGAUGUUGGUCAAAAGAGAGGCGAUGUGUCCAGAGCCAAGCUGGCCGAGUUGAACGCAUACGUCCCGGUCAACGUGUUGGACUCGCUGGAAGAUGUCACGCAAUUGAGCCAAUUCCAGGUCGUAGUCGCCACAGACACAGUUUCUUUGGAGGAUAAGGUGAAAAUCAACGAAUUCUGUCAUUCCUCCGGUAUAAGAUUUAUUUCCUCGGAAACAAGAGGUCUCUUCGGUAACGUUUUUGUAGACCUUGGUGACGAGUUCACAGUGCUAGACCCUACGGGUGAAGAACCUCGUUCUGGUAUGGUUUCCGAUAUUGAGCCAGAUGGAACAGUGACCAUGCUGGAUGACAACAGACACGGGUUGGAAGAUGGUAACUUUGUCAGGUUUUCAGAAGUGGAAGGCCUUGAUAAACUAAACGACGGGACCCUUUUCAAAGUCGAGGUUCUGGGACCAUUUGCAUUCAGGAUCGGUUCUGUCAAGCAAUUCGGCCAAUACAAGAAAGGUGGUAUUUUCACAGAAGUCAAAGUGCCCCGUAAAAUCUCGUUUAGCACACUCAAACAUCAACUAUCCAAUCCUGAGUUCAUCAUUGCAGAUUUCGCAAAAUUCGAUAGAACCUCCCAAUUGCAUCUGGGAUUCCAAGCAUUGCACCAAUUUGUUAUUAGACAUAACGGUCAACUCCCAAGACCAAUGAAUAAUGAAGAUGCCAAUGAAUUAAUCAAACUGGUCACGGAUUUGUCCGUUCAACAACCAGAUGUUCUGGGCGAAGGUGUAGAAGUUAAUGAAGAUAUAAUCAAAGAGCUUUCUUACCAGGCAAGGGGUGACAUCCCAGGUGUUGUAGCGUUCUUUGGUGGCCUUGUCGCACAAGAAGUUUUAAAGGCCUGUUCCGGUAAAUUCACUCCACUAAAGCAAUUCAUGUAUUUCGACUCCCUAGAGUCGUUGCCAGAUUCCAAAAACUUCCCAAGAAAUGAAAAGACCACACAACCACUAAACUCCCGGUACGAUAAUCAGAUCGCCGUCUUUGGCUUGGAUUUCCAACAAAAGAUUGCUAACUCAAAAGUUUUCCUUGUCGGAUCCGGUGCUAUUGGUUGCGAGAUGUUGAAAAACUGGGCGCUUUUAGGGCUGGGUUCCGGUUCUAACGGUUGUAUUGUCGUUACUGAUAACGAUUCCAUCGAAAAGUCCAACUUGAACCGUCAAUUCUUAUUUAGACCAAAGGAUGUGGGUAAGAACAAGUCUGAAGUGGCUGCAGACGCUGUCUGUGCUAUGAACCCCGACUUGAAGGGUAAAAUAGAUGCCAAGAUCGAUAAAGUGGGCUCAGAAACUGAGGAAAUAUUUAAUGAUUCGUUUUGGGAAGGCUUGGAUUUUGUUACUAAUGCUUUAGACAACGUUGAUGCAAGAACAUACGUGGACCGUCGUUGUGUCUUUUACAGAAAGCCACUACUGGAAUCCGGUACUCUAGGUACUAAAGGUAACACCCAAGUUAUUAUUCCAAGAUUAACCGAAUCAUACUCUUCUUCUAGAGAUCCCCCAGAAAAGUCUAUUCCAUUGUGUACACUACGUUCCUUCCCGAAUAAGAUUGAUCACACUAUUGCCUGGGCUAAGUCUCUAUUUCAAGGCUAUUUCACUGACUCUGCUGAAAACGUCAAUAUGUAUUUAACUCAAUCGAAUUUCGUGGAACAAACCUUAAAGCAAAGCGGAGAUGUCAAGGGGAUUCUUGAAUCCAUCUCAGACUCUUUGUCCAAUAGACCAUACAAUUUUGAAGACUGUAUCAAGUGGGCAAGAUUGGAGUUUGAAAAAAAAUUUAACCAUGAUAUUAAGCAGCUACUAUUCAAUUUUCCCAAAGACGCUAAGACAUCCAACGGUGAACCGUUUUGGUCCGGUGCCAAGCGUGCUCCGACUCCUUUAGAGUUCGAUAUCUACAACAAUGAUCAUUUCCAUUUUGUCGUAGGAGGUGCCAACUUACGCGCAUUCAAUUAUGGCUUGAAAAGUGAUGACUCUGAUUCCAAAUCAAAUGUCGACGAAUACAAGUCUGUUAUUGACCACAUGAUUAUCCCAGAAUUCACUCCAAAUGCUAAUUUAAGGAUUCAAGUCAACGACGAUGAUCCAGAUCCAAACGCUAGUGCUGCUAACGGUUCUGAUGAAAUUGAUCAACUAGCAUCAUCUCUACCAGAUCCAUCCACUUUGGCAGGUUUUAAACUAGAACCUGUGGACUUUGAAAAAGAUGAUGACAGCAAUCACCAUAUUGAAUUCAUAACCGCAUGUUCCAACUGUAGAGCUCAGAACUAUUUUAUUGAAACUGCUGAUCGUCAAAAGACUAAAUUCAUUGCAGGCCGUAUCAUUCCUGCCAUUGCAACGACAACUUCUUUGGUCACCGGUCUGGUCAAUUUAGAGUUAUACAAAGUUGUGGAUAACAAGACAGAUAUCGAACAAUAUAAGAAUGGUUUUGUUAAUCUAGCUUUACCAUUUUUCGGUUUCUCGGAACCAAUUGCCUCACCAAAGGGAGAAUACAACAAUAAGACAUACGAUAGAAUUUGGGAUAGAUUUGAUAUCAAAGGAGACGUCACAUUAAGUGAGUUGAUUGAACAUUUCGAAAAAGAAGAGGGUUUAGACAUAACAAUGCUUUCAUAUGGUGUUUCUCUGCUUUAUGCUUCCUUUUUCCCUCAAAAGAAACUAAAAGAAAGAUUAAAUCUAUCCAUCUCUCAGUUGGUCAAAUUAGUUACUAAGAAGGAUGUCCCCGCACAUGUAUCUACCAUGAUUCUAGAAAUUUGUGCAGAUGAUAAAGAAGGCGAGGAUGUUGAAGUUCCAUUUAUAACCAUUCAUUUAUGA